AUGUUCACUUGCAAACGAUGUGAAGUUGAGUCCAGAGAUGGUGUCACAUGCUCAGUUUGUCAGGCGCAAUUUGAUUUUCCUUGCGCUGGAAUCACUGAAUGCGGAUGGAGAAGGCUCGGAGACCGUAAAUUGACGUGGAAGUGCCAGACCUGUAAGUCCACCCCAGUUGCGAGUCCACAAACAACUUUACUCAAAAUUCCGGCAAACAAAUCCAACUCAGCGGCCAGUCCUCAAACUCCACCAGCAGACAAUGAGAACAUCUUAGCCGAGCUAAAACGUCUAUCAACCCAAAUGGAGUCAUUGCCGGCGUUAAUCGAGAGUGUCAAUUCCAUGCACAAAGAACUCGCGGAAUUGAAAACCUUGAGGGCAGAUGUGUCAGAGGUGAAAUCAUCUGUUGAGUCCUUCAGCCAUCAAUUGUCAGUUUUGACAAAUAAAGUCUCAGGCCUGGAGGAUGAAAUUGAGACAAUGAAGAACGCCAGAGAAGAGAUUGCUAGUUUACAGGAUCGCGUUAAAAAACUCGAGAUGCAGCAGACUGAAAACGAACAAAGGUCCCGUAUGAACAAUAUUGAGAUCAAGGGAGUACCUAUGUCCAGCAACGAAAACCUGUUUGCAAUUUUAGAUAAAAUCGGUGAAACUAUUGGCCUAACUAUACCGAAAGAACAAAUAAAUUACAUAGCAAGAGUGCCGACGCGAGGUGACAAGCAAGCUAAGAACAUUAUCUGUUCAGUUCACAAUAGUUAUUUAAAGAACGACUUUGUUGCUGCUGCGAGGAAGAAUAAGAAGCUGAAUGCCGGAAAUUUGGGCCUACAGAGUGUCAACAGAAUUUACAUCAACGACCAUUUAACCCCGGAAAAUAAAAUUCUUUUGAAUAAAACUAAAGUUCUAGCUAAGGAACGUGGCUUCGAAUACGUGUGGGUCAGUGGAUGCAAAAUAUUAAUGCGUAAAAAUAACUCAUCUCCAAGACACCACAUCAAAACAGACCACGAUUUAAAAAAGUUUUUUUGUUAA